UCCAGAAGUGUGAGUAUGCGUGUCAUGGAGCAGAGUGGCAUGUGAAGAAUUUUGGACACGGAAGCGAACGGGCUGUGAGCCGCUUUGUGCCCGUUGCAAUCAUCUCCGAUCCCGUCCAAUCGCAAUGGCGAUGUGCCGCGCAGGCCUUCUCGGCAGCCGCCUUCCUCACCCCUUCCGAAUCCUCUGCCGCCAGAUGAGCACGGAGCCGAGGGUGGCCGUUGAUCGACUGAGGCAAUCAGGGCUGUUGAGGACCCAGGGGCUUAUCGGUGGGAAGUGGAUCGAUGCUUAUGAUGGCAAAACCAUUCCGGUUCAUAAUCCUGCUACUGGUGAUGUUAUUGCUAAUGUUCCAUUCAUGGGAAGAAAUGAGGCCAUCAAUGCAAUAUCCUCUGCACAUGAGACAUUUACAUCUUGGAGCAAACUCACAGCAAAUGAACGGAGCAAGCGUUUAAGAAAAUGGUAUGAUUUAAUCAUUUCUCAUAAAGAAGAUCUUGCACUACUUAUAACAUUGGAACAAGGAAAACCUUUAAAGGAGUCACUUGGCGAGGUUAACUAUGGGGCUUCAUUCAUUGAAUUUUUUGCCGAGGAAGCUAAAAGGAUCUAUGGUGACAUAAUUCCUCCUACAAUUGAUGAUCGCCGCUUGUUGGUUUUAAAACAGCCUGUUGGAGUAGUUGGAGCAAUAACUCCUUGGAACUUUCCUUUGGCCAUGAUUACUCGCAAGGUUGGGCCGGCAUUAGCUAGUGGUUGCACUGCUGUUGUCAAGCCGUCAGAGUAUACACCCUUAACUGCUUUAGCUGCAGCUGAGCUUGCUCUUCAAGCUGGCAUUUCACCAGGUGCUCUAAACAUUGUAUUUGGAAAUGCUCCAGAUAUUGGUGAUUCUCUACUUGAAAGCACGAAGGUCAGGAAGAUCACCUUCACUGGAUCAACAGCUGUUGGAAAGAAACUUAUGGCAGGAUCAGCAAGUACUGUUAAAAAGAUAUCGUUGGAACUAGGUGGGAAUGCACCUUGCAUUGUGUUUGAUGAUGCUGAUCUGGAUGUUGCAGUAAAAGGCACCCUUGCAGCAAAAUUUCGCAACAGUGGCCAAACUUGUGUCUGUGCAAACAGAAUACUUGUGCAAGAAGGUAUAUAUGAUAAAUUCGCUAGUGCUUUUGCAAAGGCUGUUCAAGCUCUGGAAGUUGGCAAUGGCCUUAUUGAAACUACUGUUCAGGGUCCAUUGAUCAAUGAAGCCGCUUUAGAAAAGGUUGAAUCAUUAGUCAAAGAUGCUACUGGAAAGGGAGCAGAUGUACUAGUUGGGGGAAGGAGACACAGCCUAGGCAGGACAUUCUAUGAGCCUACUGUACUUGGAAAUGUCAAUAAUGAGAUGCUAAUAUCUAGUCAAGAAGUAUUUGGCCCAGUUGCACGACUUUUACGCUUUAAAACUGAAGAAGAGGCUAUACAAAUAGCUAAUGAUACAAAUGCAGGUUUAGCUGCUUACAUAUUCACUAGAAGCAUGCCUCGUUCUUGGCGUGUGUCAGAAGCUCUUGAGUAUGGACUUGUUGGAGUUAAUGAAGGAUUAAUAUCCACUGAGGUUGCACCAUUCGGAGGAUUUAAGCAGUCAGGUCUUGGAAGGGAAGGUUCCAAGUAUGGGAUUGAUGAAUACUUGGAAAUUAAGUAUGUAUGCUUAGGAAACUUGAAGGAGGUAUAGAUUGAUGAAAGAGCACAGCAGAAACUCUACUGAAGCUAAUAAUGACCCAGUCGCCUCUGUAGGAUGAGAACGCAAACUUCUGCUCAGGCGUUUCCACUUUUCGUAGUUAAUGAAUCAGGACAAAAGAUCACUCUGUUUCAGUGUUAACAAUUAGCUUCUUGUUUAAUUAAAGAUGUUUUUUAAAUUAUUGAAUGGGCCUCGAAUUGUUGAUGUGGUAGCAGAGCAGUCCUUCAUCUAUCUUGUCCUCUAUACCUUUGUCGGGCCAUGGUUUUGUUGAGGGGCUUAUGCUCAUCCAAAACACAGUUUGAUUUGGUCAAAAAUAUGAUCUGCAGAUGUGUGGAACUGGUAAGAAGCAUUUAGCUUUAUGGUUUCUUCUAAAUA